AUGGAGUGCAAAUGGCGACCCCAGGCACGAUCAGGUGUUCAGAAAAGACAAGCAGCAAACACCGAGAUCCGUGAUCAAUCGCUAGAGCAGAGUUUAUCACCAACAACAGAUACCUCUCCAGGAACAUCUGUAUUUCAGUCAGGCCAUGCAGUGGAUGAAGUCUUUGAUUAUGCAAGUUUUAUGUGGGACUAUGGUGACUUCUGGCAACAACCUUCACCUGGAGCGCAUCAGAAUCAGGGGUUGGAGUCAAAUAUGCUGGCGGUUCAAUCACAGAUUACAUUCCCGGACAGGACAGCUUUUGCAACACCGCUUCCGGCGCCUUCACUAGUACAGAGUAAUGACAGUCAGGACAGAGCGAUUGGAGAUGAGAGCGAAAGGUUGAUGGACUUCUUUGCAAGCUCCGUCAAUCCCCCCAUCAUCUCCGAGGUAGAAACGCAGAAGAAAUGGGUUUCAAUGCGACAAGCGGUCAUCAAAAUGGCCAAAGUCUCGCCAAUGGUUCGACACGCGAUUAUGGCCUUUUCGAAUUUCCUCCUUUCUAGAAAAGACGGCAACUGGACUAUGAACGAUGAGGACCACUACCAGCGUGGAGUCACAGAAGUUGCGAGCUAUGAUGGCAUGCUAAUGUCAGAACACAGCCCUGCUCGGGAGUACCUCCUCGCCGCUCUGUUUUUCCUCAGUUAUAUCGACAUCUUGGAGACUCGCCUAGAUGCCGCCCAUUCGAAUUUGAAGCGUGCCUAUACGCUCUUUGAAGCAAGCAACAAGCAUGGUUUGACGUCGGUGGAAAAGCAGUUGCUUCUAUGGAUCCGGCUUCUUGAUGGACGAACCGUAUCAGCGGGAGGUGACGGUUUGUUCUUAAACAAAGGCGAUGAACUUCUCCUGGUUGAAGCAUCACCGGCGAGCUUCGAUGGCGAGCCUGAUGAGGUUCACAAGAGUGACCCUGCAGAUGACAUUGAAGAUGUGCUAUUCCAAGUAUUAUACCAACCUGGUGUUGUAUUCUACCAAAAGGUCCAAAGCUUCAUGGGUAGGAUAUCCAAGAUCGACCGGUGGCAUCGAUCGCGGGGUACGGUUGAAGACGAGAUCGAAGUCAUGAACAUCGGUGCUGUGAUAGCGGCCGAUUUGCGAACACUUUAUGAGCAGCGUCCACCGCUCAUGGACUUUGCCGUGGCAGGCAAGUUGACAGAACCCCAUGUCUCGAAGCACCUAGCUUUUGUCAUCACACGAGCAUUUCGGACAUACCUAUCAAACUACUACGCCAGCAAGGUUCACCUACACCGCGUUGCCUACAAAAGUCUUCCAUUGACAAAGGAAGCGUCUGAGGCUUUGGACCAGAUCCGUAGACUGGCUCGUCAGAUUGUGGCAGAUUUGGAUCCUGAUGAUACUUUGCCAGUCAACAUGCUGUGGCCAUUAUUGAUGCUGGGUGUGGAAGAACAAGAUGCCAACGAAAAAGCGUGGAUAAGGACUCAAAUCCUCAGGAUGGAAAAGGUUGCUGGCAAUGCACGCAUUACAGCGCAGGUGCUGGAAGAGGUUCAAGCCCGACAGGAUGCUGCCAAGACAAGGAUGGAUAUUCGGUCUGUGAUGCAUGCCGUUUUCAACUCAUGCUUUGCCAUUGUUUGA